UCUCCUCCUCAUGCAGGGUGAUGGAAUCAACAUUAAUCCAGACUGUGGAGCCACGCAACUUCCACGGCUCACCAUCUUCUCUUUCUAUAAAUAUGUUCUCAGACCACCUCCUCUCAAUAACUCAAGCUCUGUAGCUUUCUCUUUCAUCACCUCUACGACCUUCUUCUAAUAUAUAUAGAGAGAUAAAUGGGAUUGAGAGACAUUGAAUCAACACUGCCACCAGGGUUCAGGUUCUACCCGAGUGACGAGGAGCUGGUCUGCCACUACCUGUACAAGAAGGUGCUGAGCAAUGGAGGAAGCGCCGAGGGGACGAUGGUGGAGGUGGAUCUGCAUACUCGCGAGCCAUGGGAGCUUCCAGAUGCGGCUAAACUGAGUGCCAAUGAAUGGUACUUCUUCAGCUUUCGGGACCGCAAAUACGCCAGUGGAUCUCGCGCAAACCGAGCAACAAAAUCUGGUUACUGGAAGGCCACUGGUAAGGACCGAACAAUCUACGAUCCGACGACGCAUACGAUGGUUGGGAUGAGGAAGACAUUGGUGUUCUAUCAAGGAAGAGCUCCCAAUGGAGCAAAGACUGGUUGGGUCAUGCAUGAAUUCCGACUAGAGACCCCUCACUCACCUCCCAAGGAGGACUGGGUUCUGUGUAGAGUCUUUCACAAAAGGAAAGGGGAGGGAGAAGAGCAUGAGCAGCUGAGUGCUUCUUCUGCCAUGCCUGCAGGUGUGUGCCAUGGACAAGUGGGGCCUUCAUUCUCCACUCUCCCACGCCAAGAGGACAGUAGCCUAAACCCCUUCCUCAACGUGGCACUGCUGCAGUGCAACUCUCUUGGCUUCCCACAGGAGACGGGGAGCAGAUUUGUGACGGGGAUCAGCCCAAGGUGUGAAGAAGAAGAAGAAGAAGAAGAUGAUGAUGAUGAACUUGGAUUUCUGUUGGAUUUAGGGUUUGAGCAUGGUGUGAGCUACCAAGGUGGCAAGGCUACUUAAUAGGUUUUGUAUUUACUAAAGGGACUGAUGUUGUGAGUUUGCAUGAGUCCAAUAGUAGGCAAUUAAUGUUGAUUAGGACUUGGUGAGUGAUUGACAUGGUCAUGUAAAGAUAUCAAAUAGUAGCAACUUGGCUUACUUCUGGAUGACUAUAUUUUUCACUUUAUAAAACCAAAAAAAUGAAAAUUGAUAGUUUCUAUUUUUUUUUUUCCUAAGCU